AUGAGUGUAACAGCUUCACUCCCAUUGCUUGAUGAUUUUCACGUUCAUCUCCGACAAGAUGAAAUGAUGGAACUUGUUACUCCAACUGUAGUGCAGGGUGGAUGUUGUCGUGCAUUGGUGAUGCCGAACACGAUUCCACCGAUUAAAAGUUGCACCGAAGCACUUCAAUACAAACAAAAACUUCAGAAAUAUAUUGUAUUGGAGCAUGUUUCAUCUAAAGCAGCAGUUGACUUGGUUAAGAAACUUGGGCCUAACGUUGCUGCAACAAUAACAGCCCAUCAUAUCGAAGUUAUUGUUGACGACAUUUUUGAUGAGAACAUUACGCAAUUUAACACUAAACUUCAUCCAAUUAAACACCCACAUCUCUACUGCAAGCCAGUACCCAAGCAUAAAGAGGAUCGGGAUGCAAUUCGUGAGUAUCUUGCUGAUGUAUUCUCGCAACUCGGUUGUCUCAAUCGGCUCGAAGGUUUUGCAUGCGAUUUUGGCGCACGCUUCUUCGGCCUUGAACCCAACGGAUCUCGAUUUCCUGAUCGUCAUCUUCAGAUCUUGAGUGCCCCAUUUAAAGUACCAGAAGAAAUCAAAACAGAGAAGUCGGCUCAGCUUUCAGUAGUUCCAUAUCGAGGGGAAACAAGGAAAGAACAACAACUCCGUCCAGAUAAUUCAACUAGGAAGAAGCCUCGAUCAACAAGCACCUCAGAAGACGAACUUAGCCUGCAUGGUUCGGAUGAACCCUUAGAGUGA